AUGAAAGACAUCCUCAUUCAAGGAAGAUAUCGCGUUGAUCGCAAGAUUGGCGAAGGAGGAUUCGGCCUGGUAUAUUCUGGGACCGACCUGGAUAACGGCAAUGAAGUUGCUAUUAAAAUCAUGGAAUCCAGGAAUGAUCCUCGAGAACUCAAAGAAGAGGCCGACACAUAUCGAGCGUUAGCUGGCAAGGUUGGAAUUCCGCAGGUAUACUGGUUUGGAGAGGAGGGAAGUUAUUACGUGCUCGUACUCGAACUUCUCGGCCCGUCACUCGAGGAUCUGUUCAAUUAUUGCGACAGACGAUUCUCACUCAAGACAAUCCUCCUCAUUGCUGACCAGGCCAUUUCUCGAAUCGAAGAUAUCCACGGCCACGUUCUCCAUCGCGAUAUCAAGCCUGACAACUUUCUCAUGGGGAUCAGCAAGCAGGGAAAUAUCUUAUAUACCAUUGAUUUUGGCCUGGCAAGGGAGUUUUUUGAUGACAAACAGGACCGAGGCUAUCAGGGUCUCCCCUUUGGUGGGACUACCCGCUACGCCAGUAUCAAGAACCACAAAGGCCUUGAGCAAUCAUGGGGUGAUGACUUGGAAUCCCUAGGGUACAUGCUCCCCUACUUUGCUCGUGGUUCUCUCCCUUGGCAAGGUCUGAAGGCCGCGACAGAGGACAAAAAGCGCGAGCUUGUCCAACAGAAGAAGAUGGCUCUAUCAGGCGAGGAGCUUUGCCGUGAUCUGCUGCCGGCUGAGUUUGCCAAGUAUAUUGAUUACACACGAUCGCUGGGUUUUCAGGUCAAACCUGACUAUAGGUAUCUUCGUACCCUUUUCCGCACUCGCUUUCAAUCUGAGGGCUUCAAGUACGACAACGUCUUCGAUUGGACUAUCAAAAGGUUCGAUGAUAUUCACGAGUCGGUGGAGAACCAGAAUUCGGCACGUUAG